AUUUGGGUUUGUGCGCCCCACGUUUAAGGGGAUGUCCUACAGUUGCUAGCGUGCUUUGCAGUUACGUUCAUCUGCCGGUCGAAGUGAACAGAGUGAGGCAGCCUGUGUAAAGACACCGAAGCAGCGUUGGCUCUGAACAGAGGAAAUUACAUAAUGACCCUCUGAAGUCCCUGCCCACGCUCCAGUGCUCUUCGCGCAGCGUCUUUUUGCCGGGUGUGGUCUCAUAUCCCUACACCCAACGCUGGAAUCUCUCUCAGCCUGUCCUGCCCAACUUAAGACAUCCUUCAGAUUCAUAUCUCUCAUGCGCUCUCUAAUCAGCUCCAUAUGAUGAGACGGAUGCUGUACUACUACUACUAUUAACCGCAAAAGGGAAAAAGCCUUUGCCCUGUGUCCUGAGAGACUUUCUCGUAGGAUUUAGUGGAGACGUCAAGACUACAUGAUAAAGAUGGGAAUCCUUCAAGUAUUGAAAACCCAGCUGCUGUGUCAUCUCAUUAUCUGUUAUGUGUUCCUAGUCAGUGGGUUUAUUAUCAACCUGCUCCAGCUUUGUACUCUACCACUGUGGCCCAUUAACAAGCAACUCGCCCGCAAGAUCAACUGCAGAUUGGGUUAUUCCAUUUCUAGCCAAUUGGUGGCAUUGUUGGAGUGGUGGUCCGGGACAGAAUGCACACUUUACACAGAUCCAGAAAGCUAUCCUUUAUAUGGCAAAGAAAACGCCAUUGUUGUCCUCAAUCAUAACUUUGAGAUAGAUUUUAUGACCGGCUGGACCUUCUGUGAAAGAUUUGGGGUUUUGGGGAGCUCAAAGGUGUUGGCAAAAAAGGAACUUUCCUAUGUUCCUGUGAUUGGCUGGAUGUGGUACUUCCUGGAAAUUGUCUUCUGCAAAAGGAAAUGGGAAGAGGAUCGCAAGACAGUAGUGCAAAGCCUGCGCAACCUUCAGGAUUACCCAGAAAACUUUUGGUUCCUGUUGCACUGUGAGGGCACACGUUUCACAGAAAAGAAGCACAAGAUUAGUAUGGAGGUGGCAGAGAAGAAAGGUCUACCCAAACUCAAGUACCACCUUCUACCUCGGACCAAGGGCUUUUGUGUCACGGCCCAGAACCUCAGGGGAAAGGUUACUGCUGUGUACGAUUCUACACUUAAUUUCAGAAACAACGAAAUGCCAACUUUACUAGGAGUGCUUAACGGGAAAAAAUACCAUGCUGAUUUAUAUGUGAGGCGGAUUCCUCUGGAGACAAUCCCAGAGGACGAGUCUGAAUGCGCGGCCUGGCUUCACAAACUCUAUCAGGAAAAAGAUGAAUUCCAAGAGCAUUACAGACAGACAGGACGUUUUCCGGGUCCCAUUACUAGCCCUCCGCGCCGACCUUGGGCCCUGCUGAACUGGCUCUUCUGGGUCUGUUUGCUGGUCUACCCUCUCUGCAUGUUACUGCUCCAAAUGCUGCUAUCAGGAUCCACCUUCACAGUCUUCUGUACAUGUGUCUUCUGUCUAGCAGUGUCAGUUGGUAUCCGCUGGAUGAUUGGACAGACGGAGAUUGAAAAGAGUUCGAACUACGGGAAUAAAGAGAUGCACAUAAACAAUAACUAAGACAUCCACCAGGGCAAAAAGAUCAUGCAACUUUACAGUCAUGAGGGCAUUUUCACAACAGGAACUGGCAUUAGCCAAGUCCAACCACCUUCGUAAGUGAAAUUUGAGGAUGUCGCCACAUGACGGUUUCAGCAAGAGUUGUUUGAAUAAUUUAAAAUGCUUCUCUGUUUUGAUUUACAUCAUGUUUAGGUUUUUUUUUUUAAAGAGACAAGUAGGCCAUUUAAAAAAAACUGUCUGUUUAUUAAUAUUUUUUUAAAUAUUGCAAACACUGUUGGAGGAGCAGAGAACCAGCAGUUGAUGCCUGUGUAAGAGCAUGUUUGUCCACCCGUCCGAGUGCAGCAGCAAAAAGGCAGAGUCAGACUGGCCUCUUCCCUCUCAUUGGUUGAUUAUGCUUUUAUACACCCAGAUGGUAAAGGCACGCCAUUGGCCAGCACAAGGCUGAUCCAACGCAGCACAACUACUUAUAGGCUUAAAUAUGACUUGUUAACAGUGGGCUCUGCAGCAAGGCAAACAAAAAUACAAUUUUAACAAAAAAAAAAAAAUAUUAAAACCUUCUCUACUGUGACUUUCAGCCCCAGGUUUGUAUGCUUUCUUCAGUGAACACUCAUUGAAAUCGUACAUACAGUCAGUCAAUGUCAAACUCCCUCCAUCUCCCAUUCUCUUAUGCUUUGUGCAGAGAACAUCCCUUGAAUGAAUGUACUGUCUCCUAACAUGUAUUCCCUGUGACUCGAUCACCAACAAAGUGGCUAUUAAACUUCAGCUUUACAAUAUGCUUUGUACACAGAAAACCCCUAACCCUAUUCUUACAGUAUGUACAUAACACACUUGUCUAAACAUUUCCAUCCCAUUUGCUCAUGUUACUGUACAUAUAAGACUGUCCUCGCUUUUAACGUGACGAGGGGCUCGUAUCUAACAGAGCGUGUCUGUUUUUCCUUCGUCCUCCCUCAUGCCGUCUGAAGUAGUGCUAGCAUUUAUGUAAACAUUAAGAGAAUACACGUCUUUCCCCGUCACUCUUCAUCUGUGCAGACCUGCAAUUGAAAAGACAUGAGAUUGACGUGUUAGUGCCAUUUCCAUCAGCCAAUCAGGUGACAGCAUGUGAUGGUCUACCUCACCACUCUGUAAUUAAAUUAGUGAUGCACUGUAAUUAUUUUUUUUUCCCUAAACCGAAAUUAAAGUUUCCAUUUAUCCCAAAAACCAAAAUUACAGUUUAUUUAAAUCAAUUUGAGCACAUAGUUAUUUGAUGAUAAACUCACAAGUACAAUUAUAACUAAAGCAAAUGCUAAAUAUCAGCUUUUUAAAUGAUAUAAUUGUUUCUACUUCAAAGUAUCCGAGCACAAAGCUUACUGUUAUUAUUGGAUGGUAGGCAAGCUACAAAUAAUGCUUUUGUGAAAUUUUGUUCAUGUAUCAACUAUAAGAUUGUUAAAAUGAAUGUCUGUUAAAAAUGUGAAAUCAAUAUUGUCAACCCAGCCGUACUGUCCACACAGUUUCUCAACUAUUUAGGCCUUCCAAAAUUCAUUUUUGGUAAAUUUCGGUGCAUCACUAAAAUAAGUCAUUGGUUGUUGCUGUAUUGCUCAAAGUGAGAAUUUAUUUGUGUAAGGGUCUGUUUCAUGUGUUUUCAAGUGUGUAACAUGUUGGUGGAUGUACUACAAAUGCUGGUUGGAUCUAAUUUGGGUAACAGAUUGGAAAUUUGGCAGAAUAACCAGCUCCUCAUCUCCAUCGUAUGUGUGACCAUACGAAUCAGCUGAAGGAAAUAACUAGCUGUGUGGAUGAGAGGGAGUUCAUACCUUGACAAAAGUGUGGUCCAACAGAGCGCUGGCGGUCCAGCGCCGCUUCGGUUCACUCUCCAGGCAGUGAACCAGGAAGUCCUUCCCCUCUGUGCUCAGCUUUUCAGGAAUGGGUGGUUUGUGGCCCAUUCCCACUUUAUACAUGAUCUGGAAGUUAUGCUCAUAUUCGUGCCAAGGUCUCUGAAUUAAGCAAACAUUAUGGAACACAAGUUACUUGCAGUAGCAUGAUGUUUGUAAAAUAUAUAUAUAUAUAUAUUUUUUUUUUAUACAGUCCACACACUAAAAACACUGUCACUAAAUGAUGGUACUACAAGACGAAUAAACUUUAAAACUGGUGAAUAUCCGAA